GUCAGCCAACACCGCCAAAAUGGGUCGCGUUAGAACGAAGACAGUCAAGAAGUCCGCCAAGGUCAUUAUUGAGCGCUACUACCCUAAGCUCACUCUCGACUUCGAGACCAACAAGCGAAUUUGCGAUGAGAUCGCCAUCAUUGCGUCCAAGCGUCUUCGUAACAAGAUCGCUGGCUACACUACCCAUCUGAUGAAACGUAUCCAACGGGGUCCAGUCCGCGGUAUUUCCUUCAAGCUGCAAGAAGAGGAGCGUGAGCGCAAGGAUCAAUACGUCCCAGAGAUCUCUGCUUUGGACAUCUCCCAGACCGAGAGCGGUCAACUCGAGGUCGAUACUGAUACCAAAGAUCUCCUCAAGAGCCUCGGUUUCGAUUCCCUCAAGGUCAAUGUUGUUGCUGUUGGCCAGGCCCAGCAGGCUGAGCGCCCACGCCGCUUCAGAUAAACUCUCUCUCUGACUUUAUCAUGGCGGUUUGUUUAACGAAAAUGUCGUUUGAUUUCUGCGGCGUUUUAUAGGUAGUAGCUUGCAGAUGAAAUACAAUGACGUUCCAUG